UUUAGCUGCUGCAAGGUACGUCGGAGCCUCUUUACUUCCGCUUCGUUUAUCUAUUCAUCUUCAUCUUCAUCUUCUCGCCAAGCGUUGUGAUCUCUGAUCUUCAGGGGCGAGGUCUUCCAUCAUUGUGCUGGGACUGAAAGAGUCGGUUCAGCCGUCAACGAUGACGAAGCAGCAAGCUAAUUGGAGUCCGUACGACAACAAUGGAGGAUCCUGUGUGGCGAUUGCUGGAGCUGAUUACUGUGUGAUUGCUGCGGACACUCGAAUGUCUACGGGUUACAACGUCCUCACUCGCGAGUACUCCAAAAUAACCAAAUUGGCUGACAAAUGUCUGAUGGCAUCUUCUGGUUUUCAAGCUGAUGUCAAAGCCUUGCAGAAGCUCCUGGCAGCAAGGCACCUGAUUUAUCAGCAUCAACACAACAAGCAGAUGAGCUGUCCUGCAAUGGCCCAGCUACUUUCUAACACCCUCUAUUACAAGCGCUUCUUCCCAUAUUAUUCAUUUAACCUCCUAGGAGGCCUUGAUAAUGAAGGGAAGGGAUGUGUCUACACAUAUGAUGCUGUUGGUUCCUAUGAGAGGGCUGGCUAUAGUUCCCAGGGAACUGCUUCAACCCUUCUUAUGCCGUAUCUUGAUAAGAUGCUAAAGUCACCUAGCCCUCUUCUCUUGCCUGCUCAGGAUGCUGUUACUCCGCUUUCAGAAUCAGAAGCGAUUGAUAUCAUCAAGAACGCUUUUGCGGCUGCUACUGAAAGAGAUAUUUACACUGGAGACAAGGUGGAAAUUGUCAUCUUGAAUGCCCAUGGCAUCCGGCGAGAGUACAUGGAGCUCAGGAAGGACUAAUUUUAUCGUUGCUUAAACCACAAUUAGAUCUUCCUAUGAUGAUGAAUUGAAUGUGAGAUGAGAUUCUGCCUCUGCAGCCUUUCUCUUUUGACAGUAUCUUAAGUUUUACCAUGUCAUAUCCUAAGUUUCAAAUGGAUUGGAACCGAUGGUGCUUUAGGUCUGAGUCGUUUACUUAAUGUUAUGAUGGUGAUUUCAUAUUGCCUUAUCUUGAGAGGAUAUUUACUUCAGGUCUGCAUUUUGGCAUGAUUUCCCUAUAGAGAGUGCUAUUCUCGAA